AUGAGUUGCUCCAGACAGUGUUCGCAACAUGUUGGUUUGGCUGAAGUAAUGGAAAUAGGUCCUGACGGAAAGCCGUGUAGAGCUUGUGUAAGUGUAGAGGAACUCAUGAAACGUGCCAGAGAUCUCUCCAACAAAAAGGCAAGUGAAGGAGGUAGCUCCAAAUCAACAACAGCAGAGCCAUCACCUUCUCCUGCUUCCUCUUCGCACAAUCCUAAAGAAUGUCCUGUUGAUAAGGAUGAACUUGGUCGUUCAACGUGGAAUCUCCUUCAUACAAUGAGCGUUUAUUAUCCUGAAAAUCCUAACGAAGAUCAGAAGAAGACCGUCUCUCAGUUUAUGGAUAGUUUAGCUAAGACUUAUCCAUGUGAUUUCUGCGCAAAGGAUCUGAGAAAAGACUUGAAGAAUGACCCGCCCAAACUUGAAAGUCGUAAGGAAUUUGCAAUGUGGAUGUGUCGACUGCACAAUAGAGUAAAUAAGAAGACUGGUAAACCUGAAUUCGACUGCAGUAAAGUGUUCGAAAGAUGGAGGGAUGGUUGGAAAGAUGGAUCUUGUGAUUACUAG